AUGUGUGACUGGACCCACGCAUUCUGGGCGUCGCUUCCUCUCGUCACCCUCGCCUCCCACGUCACGGCCACUUCCUUCCCUGCCUUCCAGCGUCUCAGCCCGGGGUACUCAGCGCCGGGCCGGGGAGGCGUGACAGGCCCGGCUACUUCAGCACGCAGAGAACCGCCUCCCCAGGUUCUUAGGCGCAGCGUGGUGCGGACGGUGGUGGCGCUUGACAGGGAGGCGGCGCGCGGCUACUGGCUGUCCAUCGUGGUGUCCAACGGGGGAGCGGCGCCCCUCACCGACACCUGCCACGUCUUCGUGGAGGUCGAGGACGUGAACGACCACAUGCCCCAGACGGAGGAGCCCGUCUACCACACCUACGUGGCCGAGAACCUGCCGCCGGACACCUCCGUCAUAGCGCUGCGGGCCUCGGACGGCGACCUGGCGCCCUCCAACAUCUCCUUCGCCAUCACCAAAGGGAACCAACUGGCGCGCUUCAAGAUACACCCGCAGACAGGCGCCCUCACAACCCUGGUGCCGCUGGACAGGGAGGAGCAGGCGGAGUACGAGCUGUGGGUGCGGGUGAGCGACGGCCAGCUGUCCUCCGUCACCCCGGUCUUCAUCACCGUGAGCGACGUCAACGACAACCCGCCCGAGUUCCUGGAGCCGCUCUACCGCGUCACCGUCCCCGCCCGCAGCAAGACCAAGAAACGGGAGGCGCUCUUCUGGCCCGAGCCAGAGGACGCGUGGGGGGACUGGGUCACUUUCUCGCCCUCACAGAUCACCGCCCACGACGACGCCUUGUUCAGGGUGUUCGCCAGAGAUGCGGACGUGGGCAUGAACGGUGACCUGGACUACAGCAUCAGGACCGGCAAGGGCAAGAAGGGCCGCUUCAAGAUCCACCCGAAGACUGGCCAAGUGUACAGCAACAAAGCCUUUCCCCCGAGCAAGACCUUCGAUUUGAUGAUCCAGGUGAAGGACAACGGGGCGCCGCAGCUGACGGCCACCACGCGGGUCCUCGUGCGUGUGAUGGACGUGCCCGAGGAGUCUCCCAACCCGCCGGUCUUGCAGCCGCCGCCCCCCGCCCACGUGAUGGAGACGGACGCGCCGGGCCACCUGGUGUCCUUCAUCAACGCUCAGGACCCGGAUAACGACACCUUGUGGUACUACAUCACAGAGGGUGACGAGAGCGGCCGGUUCAGCAUGGGCGUGGACUCUGGCCUGGUGAGCCUGGCCCGCCGCCUGGACCACGAGGAGCAGCACCACUACGCCCUCACCGUCACGGCCACAGACGGCGUCCACACCGCCGCCACCAAGCUCGUGGUGGAGGUGAUGGACGCCAAUGAUCACCGGCCGGUGUUCAGCGCCAGGACCUACGAGGGUGCCGUGAGCGAGGACGUGGCGCCGGGGUCCACCGUGAUCACCCUGCAAUGCCGAGACAGGGACCAGUCACCCACGGCGUUCUCCGCGGUGUACUUCACGCUGCACCACGUCCAGGCCUUGGCGUCCCAGGGCCUCUUCACCGUGGACUCGUUCACUGGUGACCUCAUCGUGGCCGAGCCCCUGGACAGGGAGGUGUCCAGCGUCCACGAGCUGACCGUGAGCUGCAGGGACCGCGGCCGACAGGAGAACGCAGACUUUGCCCGCGUGUCCGUGACGGUGGAGGACGCCAACGACCACGAGCCCGUCUUCCUGGAGCCCAUGAUCAUCGUCAAGGUGAGCGUGGGGGCCGCGGCGGGCACGGCGGUGGUGCGGGUGAUGGCGCUGGACCACGACAAGGGCGACAACGGCAGGAUAUCCUACUCCAUCUUCGAGGGUGAGUGUGGGCGGGUGAGUGGGAGUGAGGCGGCCACCAAGACUCCUCUCCACCCAGACUGA